AGAAAAAAGUUGAAAGAUCCUUCCGCAUGGAGCUCUUAUGGAAUCUUAAGUCAUCGAAAUGAGUGAAUGAAGGAUCAAAAAAAAAAAAUUCUGAAGAAUUUUUCAAGUGAUUUUCAAUGGUUGUAGCUAAGGAAUAAAAUUGCAGAGAUUGUCGCAAUAAAGUGGGCAAAGCGGAUGCUUAGGAAGAAAAUUUUCAAGAGUAGAUUCAUUCAAGUGGUCUUUUAAUAAUACGUUUUUUUUUCCGCCGUAUGCAUAUUGAUUUUUAUGCCAGAAAUCUCAUGCGAAAAUUGUGCAACAAUAUUUUAAAAUGCCAUUUGUGCGUUGUCUUUUCAGGAUAACAGUAUAUUCAGAACAUUGGAGUGCCAAUGACAGAGGGAAAACACUGACACAGUGAGGAACAAUGUCCAUGGAGAGUGACGGAGACUUAAACUAUUUCUUACUGAAUCGGACCUUUGAAUCAUGUGCACUUAAGUAUGAAGACUAUGUUAUGCCAGUGACAGCGUCUUAUUGCAAUUGGACAUGGGAUAGUGUUCUGUGCUGGCCACCAACUCCUGCAGGCACUAUCAUAAGACAGAGAUGUCCUUUUCGACACGGUCUCGAUCCCACCAGAUAUGCUGAAAGGAGGUGCAGUACCAAAGGUGAAUGGAUCGGAAGAAAUGUAACGUCUGAUGCACAGACUCAAGCAGGAUGGACGAAUUACACACCUUGCUACACUCCCGAAAUGCAGCAUAUCAUGAAUAUGCUCUACCUCAACAGAGAUACAGCCAAAGACAAAUUCAACAUAGCUGAGAGAACACGUAUUCUGGAAAUAGUGGGUUUCAGCAUAUCUUUAACAGCACUGAUUGUCUCCUUGAUAAUCUUCUGGCGGUUUAGAAGCCUGAGGAACAAUAGGACACGCAUCCACAAGAAUCUCUUUGUAGCAAUGGUGAUUCAAGUACUAAUCCGAUUGAUACUCUACAUUGAUCAGGCACUCAUCCGGGCUAAUUAUGGUGAUGGAACAAUGGGCCGCCAAGGCAUCGAUAACACGCCCUUCCUCUGCGAAGCGUGUUACAUUUUAUUGGAGUACGCUAGAACAGCAAUGUUUAUGUGGAUGUUCAUCGAAGGUCUCUAUCUUCACAACAUGGUAACAGUGACGGUCUUCCAAGUGCAAUUUCCCUUCGUGAGCUACGUGAUUAUAGGCUGGGGUGGCCCCAUCAUCCUGACAGCGCUUUGGGGAUUUAUCACGGCCAAAUAUAAAUCUCAUCAGCAGUGCUGGUGGGGCUAUAAUCUCACGUAUUACUACUGGAUCCUCGAAGGACCUAGACUUACGGUCAUCCUGCUAAACUUCUGCUUUCUGCUCAACAUCAUUCGAGUUCUCGUUGUGAAACUCCGUCAAUCUCAUACAAGUGACAUCGAGCAGGUGAGGAAGGCAGUAAGGGCAGCUGUUGUCCUGCUACCUCUGCUGGGAAUCACGAAUAUCUUAUCAAUGACGGCGGCACCACUGACCAAAUCCGUCUUGGAAUUUGCACUGUGGUCAUAUACCACCCACUUCCUCACGUCCUUUCAGGGCUUCUUCAUCGCCCUCCUGUACUGUUUUCUCAACGGCGAAGUACGUUCGGCCCUUCUGAAGAGCUUUCGCUCCUACCUGGACUUUCGAGGCGGUUGGGCUAACACUCAGCAACCACCCCGACGACAGUCAUUCUACAGUGUCGCCUACACGCCAGCUGUAUCGGUACCCAAUAAUAUCGCAAAUAAUGCAACCUACAUUCAGAGAUUCACAUAAUUUUACAGAAAAGUGCAAGUGAACAAGGAAAAAUCUGUACAAUUUUACACAAGUUAUUAAAGGAGCUUUUUUGUGCAAGAAAA